GCCGCCCCUUCCCGGUUGUUGGUGUCGAAGCCGCGGCGAUGCUGCUGGUGCUGUCGGCUGAGCACCGGGCUCACCUGGGCUGUUUGCCGCGGGCCGGCGGCGCAGCCGUCGGCGAGCUGGGGCGCCUGGCGCUGGAGCAGCUGCGGCGGGGAGCGGCACCGCGGGCCUGCGAGUCCGCCGCCAGAAAGCUGAACAUUAGCGUUGACGUCAUUCAGCACGGAGUAGAAGGACUAGUGUAUCUUCUUACUGAGAGUUCCAAGCUUAUGAUUUCUGAUGUUGACUUCCAAGAUUCCAUUCAUGUUUUGGGAUUCUCAGAUGAAUUGAACAAAUCCUUGCUCCAGCUGUACCUUGACAACAGGAAAGAGAUCAGGAGCAUUCUUGGAGAGCUGGCACCAAGGCUUCCCAGCUACCACAGUCUGGAGUGGAGACUGGAUGUACAGCUUGCAAGCAGAAGUUUGAGACAACAGAUCAAGCCUGCUGUGACUAUGAAGCUACAUCUUAAUCAAAAUGAAGAUCAAACUGCCCAGGUGUUGCAAACUGACCCUGCUACCCUUCUCCACCUUAUCCAGCAGCUGGAGCAGGCGUUGGGGGAGAUGAAAAUGAACCACUGCAGAAGAAUAGUGCGCAACAUGAAAUAACCCUGGUUCUCCUCUGCUCUCUUACUAAGCAGUUUGUAAAACAGCUCAAAACACUGCUCACAAGUACAUUCGAGGAAAAAUAAACAUCUGGAUCAGAUGAACUGUUUUCCUGUGCCAGGACCUUGAGCCAGUAUAUACUGGCCAAAUAUCUUUGGCUGCCAGCUUUGCACAUCUAUAUGUGGUGACCCUUUUCACAAAAUCAUCUUCACAUAUAGUACAUGGUAAUUAAAUGUGAUCAGAUAUUACUA